GCCCUGGAGGUGCACAGGGCGGCGGGGGAUGCUCCCGCCACCGCCACCUCCCCCUGCCCCGCCUCCGUCGGGCCCAGCGUCCCGCUGCCCCUCCCCGCCCCCACCGCGACCCCGGCCCCGUCCUAUCGAUCCUUGGCCGUAUGGGACCCUGUCACCUCCAGCCUUGUACGUCCGCCCGAACCGAGCCCCUCAGGUCAGCGCGGGAGCCCAGCCACUGAGCCAUGCCGGGCCCCAGGUGGCCUGCAGUGAGUCCAACCCCGGCACCCACAUAGUCAUGAACAACCGCAGCCACAAUGGCUGUGGGGGGUGGCCGCUGGGAAGCAGGCCGGGGGCCCUGACCCGAGACCCUCCGGACCCUGAGGCCAGCCGCCCCCUACAGCCCCCACAUAGCCCAGGCCUCCAGGUGGUGGUUGCCAAAAGCGAACCAGGCCAGCUUUCACCUGGCAGCCCCCGGGGCCAGCCCCAGGACCAGGAGGAGGAGGAAGAUGAGGAGGAGGAGGAGGCAAGUGGGCAGAGGGGCUCCGGGAAGCCCCCCAACGUGGGCCACCGCCUGGGCCACCGACGGGCACUCUUCGAGAAGCGGAAGCGGCUCAGCGACUAUGCCCUCAUCUUUGGCAUGUUUGGCAUCGUUGUCAUGGUGACGGAGACGGAGCUGUCCUGGGGGGUCUACACCAAGGAGUCCCUGUACUCGUUUGCACUCAAAUGCCUCAUCAGCCUCUCCACAGUCAUCCUGCUGGGUCUGGUUGUCCUCUACCAUGCCCGGGAGAUCCAGCUGUUCAUGGUGGACAAUGGGGCGGACGACUGGCGCAUUGCCAUGACCUGCGAGCGCAUCCUCCUCAUUUCUCUGGAGCUGGCCGUGUGUGCCAUCCACCCGGUGCCUGGCCACUACCGCUUCACGUGGACGGCGCGGCUGGCCUUCACCUACGCGCCGGCCGCGGCUGAGGCGGACGUAGACGUGCUGCUGUCCGUCCCCAUGUUCCUGCGCCUCUACCUGCUGGGCCGUGUCAUGCUGCUGCACAGCAAGAUCUUCACGGACGCCUCAUCCCGCAGCAUCGGGGCGCUCAACAAGAUAACCUUCAACACACGCUUCGUCAUGAAGACGCUCAUGACCAUCUGCCCGGGCACCGUGCUGCUGGUCUUCAGCAUCUCCUCCUGGAUCAUUGCUGCCUGGACCGUGCGCGUCUGCGAGAGGUACCACGAUAAACAGGAAGUGACCAGCAACUUCCUGGGGGCCAUGUGGCUUAUCUCCAUCACCUUCCUCUCCAUUGGCUACGGAGACAUGGUGCCGCACACCUACUGCGGGAAAGGAGUGUGCCUGCUCACCGGCAUCAUGGGGGCUGGCUGUACGGCACUCGUGGUGGCUGUGGUGGCCCGGAAACUGGAGCUCACCAAGGCAGAGAAACACGUGCACAACUUCAUGAUGGACACACAGCUCACCAAGCGGGUUAAAAACGCCGCUGCUAACGUUCUCAGGGAGACGUGGCUCAUCUACAAACACACCAGGCUGGUGAAGAAGCCAGACCACGCCCGGGUUCGGAAACACCAGCGUAAGUUCCUCCAAGCCAUCCAUCAAGCUCAGAAGCUCCGAAGUGUGAAGAUCGAGCAGGGGAAGCUGAACGAUCAGGCCAACACGCUUGCAGACCUGGCUAAGACCCAGAAUGCCAUGUACGACCUCAUGUCUGAACUGCACGCCCAGCACGAGGACCUUGAGGCCCGCCUGGCUGCACUGGAAAGCCGCCUGGAUGCGCUGGGCACCUCCCUGCAGGCCUUGCCUAGCCUCAUCACCCAAGCCAUAUGCCUGCCCCCACCGCCCUUGCCUCCCCAGUCUGGCCCACCAGACCAGGCAGUCCGGAGCUCUCCGUGCCGGUGGCCACCUGUGGCCUCUUCAGACUGCGGAUGACAGCCCCACCUACCACCAGACCCCACAAUCUUGGCCAUCGUGUGGCCGCCACCUCCUCAGCAUCCAGGAAGCCCUGUCCAGUUGCGCCUCUUGGAGUACUAGGAGCCAGAACUGAGUUGGGCUGAGUGGCCCGGGGCCUAUCCCACCCAGACUGUCUGGGCAGGGGCGGCUGCUGCCUGCUUCCUCCCUGACUGGAGGUUGGGGAGCCUGGAGUCUCCUCUGGUCUCCCAGCCCCCUGACUGUCCCCAGGCCCCCUGUGGGCUCAGAACAGCAGGGAGAGGGGUCCUUGCCAGUUCUGAAUAAAGCAGGACCCAUCCAAUUGCUGCCUGUUGUGUGUGGCUGGGAGACACUUGAAAUCACAACAUGGGACAUGGACACCUGGCCUGGGGUCCCAGAAUAGACAUGGGAGUCAAGGCGAGCCUGUCUCCAUCACCUUCCUAACCUGGUAGUCUCCCAAGACUGAGCUUGGUCAGGACACCUCUCCAAGGACAUCUGCACCAACCCCACCUGGCACUGACAGAGUGACCACAGAGGACAUGGCCCAGCCCCCAUAAGAGGCAUUGGAUAAUCAGACACCCUUCCUUUUGGCCAGCUGACUUUGCUGGAGCACCCACUGUGGGCCAAGUGCCAGCAAAGCAUAGUCCAGCGAGGGAGCUGACAUGGGCAAGGAGGGCUAUUCAGCCUUCACUGGACAUGUGUGGAGCACCUGCUAUAUAUAGGGAAUGUGGUAUGAUGUAAAUUAUCACUCUGACUCUUCACCAGAACCUGACCAGGGUAGAAUGGGAAACUGAGGCUCAGAGAAGUGAAGCCACCUGCUUGGGGCUACAGAAUGAGGUGGGGACAUUGAGCCAGGACUCAAACUUGGGGACCCAUAGGCCACCACGAAGAGCCGGAACUUGGUGGAGGACACUUCAUGGGGGCUGGUGUGAGUUGGGGAAGGUGUGGCACACUCCUGGGGUUGAAGUGGCCCAUCUGGUGUGGGCUGGAAGGGAAGGUUCAGGACACAAGUAGAAUUGGAAAGGUCCCUCCAGGCCUUGGGCUCAGGGUGCUGGGGUCAGGCAGGGGUGGUGGGCCCUUGGCAGAUGCCGAGCUCUGAUAGGGGUGGAGGGGGGGACACUGACCCCUGGGGAGGCUAACGGGUGCCCACCAGAGAGCCCAGGUCCUGGCAGCCUCUGAUAAGGCCAUGGGCCACCUGGCUCAAAGAGAUAGGUUGGUAGCUAGAGAGAAGGGUGUGGAGAGGUACCAGUGGGCUGCCGUCAGACCUGGGUUUCAAGUUGUGACAUCCCACCAUCGGGUGCCUUUGGCAGUGGCUGCCCCUCUGGGGGCCUCUGUUUCCUCACCUGUAAGAUCCAGUGAUGAGAACAGGGCACACUGCCCAGCCUUGAGCACACCCAGUCUGAUAGAGGAGCCACAGUAAACAAAUAACCGCCAUGAGCACACUGAGCAGAGCCAUAAGGAAAUAAACAAGGCCAGAGCAUGACUAGG